UUUUAUGGUUACCAUAACAUUGCACACUUCCGCUCACUGUGCUUUCCCAUGACACCACUCUAUUCCUGUCCAGAAGAAGAAACAUCCAUGAACUAACAUUCCCACCCUCGCUUCACCAUUUUUGCCACCCUUUUACCCUUCCUUCUUCCGUUUUUCCUUCCUUUUUCCUUCUUUGGCAACUCGGUUUUCCUCCUUCCAAAAAUUUACUAAUUCCUUUAUGUACACAUUUUUAUAUAACUCACGCAUAAUCAUUUAAACAAAAUCAACAUAAUAACAACAACAACAACAACAACUAAGAUGGGAAGGGGUAGGGUACAGCUCAAGCGGAUAGAGAACAAGAUCAAUCGCCAGGUAACUUUCUCCAAAAGGAGAGGUGGCUUGCUCAAGAAAGCUCAUGAGAUCUCUGUUCUCUGUGAUGCUGAGGUUGCUUUGAUUGUCUUCUCUCACAAAGGAAAGCUCUUUGAGUAUGCCACUGAUUCAUGCAUGGAGAAGAUACUGGAACGCCAUGAAAGGUAUGCCUAUGCAGAGAGGCAGCUAGUGGCAAAUGAUUCUGAGACACAGGGAAACUGGACCAUUGAAUAUACUAGACUCAAGGCAAAGAUUGACCUUUUGCAGAGAAACUACAGGCACUAUAUGGGAGAAGAUUUGGCUUCGAUGAGCCUCAAAGAGCUUCAGAGUUUGGAGCAGCAGUUAGAUACUUCUCUCAAAAACAUCCGCAAUAGGAGGAACGAUCUCAUGUACGAGUCUAUUUCUGAGCUUCAGAAAAAGGAGAAAAGGAUACAAGAGCAGAAUAGCAUCCUUGCAAAGAAGAUCAAGGAGAAAGAGCAAGCUGUAGCACAACAUGCUGUACAAUGGGAACAGCCAAACUACAGGGUUGACACAUCUUUCUUACCACAGCAACAACCUCUUCCUAGCUUGAACAUAGGUGGCAAUAAUUUCAAUGAAGAUGCUGCACCAGAACUAGGAAGGAAUGGUCUUGACCUGACCCUGGAACCACUGUAUUCUUGCCACCUUGGCUGCUUCUGAAAACUUGUUUCCUCUCUGAGGUGGAUAACACUAUAUAAUUGUUGGCAUAUAUGAACAACCAUAAGUAGUAGUAUGUUUUAAUGCUUUAUAUGUUUAUUUGGGUCUAUGCUUUUGCCCUACUUUGAAGACAUUAGUUUGAGAUACUUUUGUUGUAAACAUAUUGAAUUUGAAGCCUAAUAGUGUAUUCAUGGAAGGUUAAUUUA